AUGGGAUCGCUAGGUUCGCGAACACUUGGAAAUCCAAGUGUUUCCUAUCAAGAUCGUCAUAAGCAACAAAGAAAUUGGGAUUAUGGAAUUGAAAUUGAUGUUCCUAACUUUGAGGCCACUUGUAGGAAAAAUAAUCCACCAAGAAAUAAUCUCAUUGAAAAAGAUGAAAAUUCAGAAGAAGAAGUGAAUGAAAUUGAAUCUGAAAAUGACAAUGAAAUAGAAAGAGUUGAUGUUGAAGGAGAUGAAGGUGGAGAGUUUUUGGGUUUGAUUCAAGAAAGUUUGAGUUCUUGUGCUGUGUCUGUUUUACUAACUCCAAAAGAAGAUGAAACUUGGAGGAUACUGAGGCCUGGUGAUGAAUGGAAAACUGCUUUUAAAACUAAAGAGGGUUUGUAUGAGUGGCUUGUGAUGCCUUUUGGUCUUUCAAAUACUCCGAGUACUUUUAUGAGAACUAUGAAUCAUGUUUUGAAACCUCUCAUUGGAAAGUUUGUUGUGAUUUAUUUCGAUGACAUUUUGAUUUAUAGCAUUCAUCCUUAUGAACACUUAAAUCAUGUGAAACAAGUGUUGCAAAUCUUAAGAGAACAAAAGCUUUUCAUCAACCUUAAGAAAUGUUCUUUCAUGACUGCGAGUUUGAUGUUUUUGGGCUUUAUUGUUUCUGCUGAAGGGAUAAAAGUGGAUCCGAUUAAAAUAGAAGCAAUUCAAAACUGGCCUAUUCCUAAAAAUAUAAGCGAAGUAAGAGGAUUUCAUGGUUUGGCUUCUUUCUAUAGGAGAUUUAUAAAAAAUUUUAGUUCUCUGAUUGCUCAUAUUACUGAUUGUUUGAAAAAGGGGAUUUUUAGGUGGACACCUCAAGCUGAAAAAACUUUUGAAAUUAUUAAAACAAAAAUGAGUCAAGCUCCCAUUCUUAGCUUGCCAAAUUUUGACAUCAUUUUUGAAGUUGAUUGCGAUGCCUCUCAUAUUGGUAUUGGUGCCGUGCUUAGUCAAGAAGGAAAACCUGUUGCUUACUUUAAUGAGAAACUGAAUGAAUCUAGAUAUAAGUAUUCUACUUAUGAUUUAGAGUUCUAUACUAUUGUGCAAGCUUUAAAAUUCUGGAGGUGUUACUUGAUUCAAAGAGAAUUUGUUUUAAAUACUGAUCAUGAAGCACUUCAUUUUCUGGACUCUCAAAAAAAUUUGAAUAAAAGGCAUGUCAAGUGGGUUUCAUUUUUGCAAGGAUACGCUUUUCAUAUCAAACAUAAAACUGGUGUUUUGAAUAAAGUUGCUGAUGCUUUAAGUCGGAGGUUUCACUUGUUAAUAACUGUUUAUCCGACUGUUACUUCUUUUGAGUUUUUGAAAGAAACUUAUGCAAGUGAUCCUGACUUUAAAGAUAUUUGGGAAGUAGCUUCGGGAACUGAUCCAUCUGGUCAAUACAUUAUUCAUCAAGGGUUUUUGUUUAAAGGUUCUAGACUUUGCAUUUCAAAAAAUUAUUUAAGAGAACAGUUAGUGCAUGAACUUCAUAGUGGGGGUUUGAGUGGACAUUCUGGUCAGGGGAAAACUAUUGCUAUGGCAUUAGAAUCUGUAAACACAUUCAUUAUUGAAUUUCGAGAUGGUGAUGAGAAGAAUUCUUGGUUUAAAGAGCUCGUGCAAGCGACAUACAGAGCUUCGGCUCCACCAACAAUUAAUAUACUAGGAGAGCAAAUCAAUAGCAUGACAGAAACUAUUACAGUCCGACAUGGUAUCGUGGGGCUUGCUGACCUCGUAAUUUGUGGUGCUCUUGUUGAAACAAAAUUGUCAAUAUAUGGAAAAUAUGAUGGAAAUUGUGUAAGUUCAGAAGAAUUGAUUUUAGAACUACUCGGGGGUGGAGGAAAGGUUAAUCUUUUUAGAUCAAGUUCUAACCUAACUAUCAAAACAAAGCUUCAUUCACUAAAAAUUGUGGACGAGCUUCAAGGUCAACUUUCUGCACAGCCUCAGUAUUUAGCGCAGUCUGUGGUGAAGCAAAAGCCUGUUUCUGGGGUAGAUACCGAGGUGCAGAAGUCUUUUUUAGAAGAGGAUGAUUGUUUUAUAGAUGCACUGUCGGAUUUCAUGAGCACUCCUGAUCAAACAUUUCAUAAUUCAUUAUUUACUCUUGAUUCCUUCGAUCAGUACUCUGGGUGUAGUUUUGAUAGUGGUUUGAGUCUCAGGAAUGUAAAAGAGAGGAGCGGUGAGGUUUUCUAUGAGGCAUGGGAUACUAAUAUUUCUGAUUUUGUGGUUGUCACAUUUGUUUCGAGAAGCCCGGAUUCAACUCUCUAUGAUGGUAUUGAUACGCAGAUGAAUAUCCGGAUGUCAGCAUUGGAGUUCUUUUGCAACAGACCUACUCUUUUUACUUUGAUUGAAUUUGGCUUUAGACUCAGUCAGGUUAAUUCAGCUGCAGCAAUCAAUGAAAAUAAUACAAAUAGUGUUGACGCAGAGAGAAAAGAGGAAGAUGGUGGUUGUGCUUUGGUUAAAGGUUUGCUUGGGUAUGGAAAAGGACGUGUAGUUUUUAAUUUGGUGAUGGAUGUCGAUAGUGUAUGCAUUUUUCUUAACAAGGAAGAUGGCUCUCAACUUGCAAAGUUUGUUCAAGAAAGUUUUAUUUUGAACUUAAAGUUUCAUCCAAGUUCUACUACUAUAGAAGGUACUCUUGGAAACAUGAGGCUUUGUGAUAUGUCUCUUGGACCAGAUCACCGUUGGGGCUGGCUAUGUGAUAUACGUAACCAAGCAGUUGAAUCUUUAAUCAAGUUCAACUUUCAGUCUUACAGUAUCGAAGAUGAUGACUAUGAGGGAUAUGAUUAUAGCUUGAGUGGUCGGCUUUCAGCUGUUCGGAUAAUAUUUCUUUACAGGUUUGUUUUGGAGAUCUCUUCUUACUUUAUGGGGCUAGCCACCCCACACACUGAAGAAGUGAUCAAGUUGGUGGACAAAGUUGGAGGCAUCGAGUGGCUGAUUCAGAAAUAUGAAAUGGAUGGUGCUACUGCUUUAAAAUUAGAUCUGUCAUUGGACACUCCAAUCAUUGUUGUUCCAAAGAAUUCUCUGAGUGAGGAUUUUAUGCAGCUUGAUCUUGGGCAACUGCAAGUGAAAAACAAUUUCUUCUGGUUUGGUAGCAAAGAUAAAGAUCCAUCAGCUGUACAUCUAGAUAUUCUUGAUGCUGAGAUACAUGGUGUCAACCUGUCUGUUGGUGUAAAUGGUCUAUUGGGGAAGCCUAUGAUACGGGAAGGACAAGCCCUUCAUAUACAAGUGCGUCGCAGCUUAAGAGAUGUUUUCCGCAAAGUUCCGACUCUCUCUAUUGAAGUUCAGGUGGGCUUGUUGCAUUGCGUUAUGUCUGACAAGGAAUAUGACGUAAUAAUUAAUUGUUUGUACACGAACUUAUCUGAAGAGCCAAGACUUCCUUCAAGUUUUCAUAGCAAUGUUGCUGGAGCAAAGGAGUCUAUGCGUAUGCUUGUUGACAAGGUCAAUCAUAAUGGUCAGAGCUUACUUUCGCGAUCUAUUGUCAUCAUUACUGUUGAGAUUCAUAAUGCUUUGCUAGAGCUUUGCAAUGGUCUUGAUGUAGAAUCCCCAUUGGCUCAAAUCUCUUUGGAAGGCCUUUGGGUUUCUUAUCGGUCUACAUCUUUUUUUGAGAUGGAUCUUUAUGUGACAAUUCCUAUAUUCUCUGUGCUGGAUAUACGCUCUGAUACAAAGCCAGAAAUGUGUUUGAUGCUUGGUUCUUAUACAGAUGUUUCAAAACCUGGUUGUAACAAUUCAAGUUCAUCUUCAAACUUCAUUAACUCUCAAGCAAACAUGCCCAGCAAGUUAGAAAACGAGUCUGACAUGGAGGUUUCUAAGUUGACCAUGCUGAUUUUGGACUUUCGAUGGCGUCCUUCUUUUCGGUCCUUUGUUAUAAGAAUUCAGCAGCCACGGGUUCUUGUUGUUUUGGAUUUUCUUCUUGCAGUUGCUGAGUUUUUUGUCCCCUCUUUUGGGGCGAUAACUGGCAGGGAGGAAACUUUUCAUCCAAAUAAGGAUCCGCUUACUUCCUCUGAUGAUAUAAUUUUCUUAGAACCAGUAUUUAUGCAACGUGAUGAUGUUGUUCAUCUUUCCCCGAGAAGACAGUUGAUUGUGGAUGGUUCUCAUGUCAAUGAGUUUACAUAUGAUGGUUGUGGAAAAAUAUUAUCAUUGAAUGAUGAAUUUGAGUCAAAGGGACAACCAUAUUCAGGAGCGAUUAUUGUUCUUGGGAGAGGCAAGAAGUUGCGUUUCAAGAAUGUAAAAAUCGAGAAUGGUGCUUUAUUGAGAAAGUGUACACACCUGAGCAAUGAUAGCAGCUACUCAAUCUCUGAAGAUGAUGGUGUUGAGAUUUCUUUCCUGGAAAAGGAUGCUUUUCAAAGUAAUGGAGAAGGAUCAAAACCAUGUCACGAGAGCUUAAGGGAUACAAAUACUUUUGAUGUUGAAUUAACAAGUGUAGCUAAUCAAAGUCAGAACUUCACAUUUGAAGCUCAGGUUGUCUCCCCGGAAUUUACUUUUUAUGAUAGUUCAAAGUUGGCUUUAGAUAAUCCCUUGCAUCUUGAGAAGCUUUUACGGGCAAGAUUGGACUUGAGAUUCAUGUAUGCUUCAAAAGAAAAUGACACAUGGGCUCGAGCUCUAGUGAAGGAUUUUACCAUUGAAUCUGGAGCUGGCCUUCUUAUUCUUGAGCCAAUGGAUGUCUCUGGAGGAUAUACUUCUGUCAAGGACAAAACCAGUAUAUCAAUGUUGUCAAGUGAUAUAUGCAUCCACCUAUCACUUAGUGUAGCCUCACUCUUACUUAAGCUGCAAAAUCAGGCUUUUGAAGCGGUACAAUGUGGCAAAGUUAACCCCUUGGUCUCAUGUACGAACUUCAAGCGGAUCUGGAUUUCACCAAAAGGUGCCUUGCCUGGAUAUAACCUGACAUUUUGGAGGCCACAAGCUCCGUCAAAUUAUGCCAUUUUAGGUGACUGUGUGACAUCAAGGUAAUCGGGA